UAUAACAUUUCUGAAUAUUUAAUUGGAUAAAAACUCAUAGAAAACACACAUAACAUCAGAACCAGAAGAUAGCAGUAAUGGCGACAAAUGUUGCGACUCUUUCUUCUCUCACAGCAGUUUCUUUGCCUCUCUCAUCAUCUCGCUCUUCCUUCUACUACAACUGCUUCACUGUGACGACUCGACCAUACACCCGUUCUCUAGUGGCGUUCCGACCGGAGCAGAGGAGAAAUGCACUAACUUGUAAUGCUCUGUUUGGUCUCGGUGUCCCUGAGCUAGCUGUGAUCGCUGGAGUCGCUGCGUUGCUGUUCGGACCUAAGAAGCUUCCUGAGAUUGGCAAGAGUCUUGGCAAAACCGUCAAAAGCUUUCAACAGGCUGCAAAAGAGUUCGAGUCUGAGCUUAAGACGGAACCUGAAGACUCUGUUGCUGACUCAUCUCCGAUAGCAAUGAGCAACAAAGCAGAGGAAAAACCUGAGGUUUCCUCAAGCUCCAAGGACAAAUGUAUAAAUAUGACAAGACUUUAGGCUUUGCUUUUCUUGUAGCUACAACAGUUUAAGAAAUGAGUUUAGAUCAAAUACUCUUUUGUUCAAGGAAGCAGAGUAGUGUUCCCUAUAAGAAUUGGUUCCAUGAUGUUUGAAUCUGUAAAGCUCUUCUUCUUGAGAACCUAAAAUAAAGACUGCACAAAAUAGAUUGAAGAUGUAA